AUGAAGCUCACUUUCCUCACCUCUACCCUCUUCCUGGCUGCUGCUGUCGUGGCUGCGCCCGAUGGCAUUGAUGUGAACUCGAUCGUCUCCGAUGCUCAAAACGUUGCCUCCGCCGCCGCCUCCGGUGGAGAGUCCAUCGGAUCUGAGGCCGCCGCUGCUGCGACUUCCAUCGCGGAGGCCGCUUCCACUGGCGGCGCUGCUGCUAUCUCUUCCCUAACAAGCGAGGCUGCUUCUGUUGCGUCCGCCGCCCAGAGCGCUGGCGAGUCUAUUAGCUCCGACGCUGCCAGCCGUGCCUCGACCUUCCUGAGUCAAUUCACUACCACCAACUCCGCUGGCCAGAUGACUACCGAAACCUCUACAAUCACCUCCUCCCCAUCCACGUCUGGUACCCAAACUACUUCUGGAUCCACAAGCACCAGCACUGGUGGUGCUAUGGCUCGCCCAAAUGCUAUGGGCGCUGCCGCUGCCGGUAUGGCCGGUAUGCUGGGUUUUAUGGCCGCCCUAUAA